AUGCCCAAGCAACUGAGGAACCAUCGAGACGUUUCACUACCUUACCCGCUUGCGUGGCCUGCAAACUUUAUGCGCAAUAAAUCAAAUUACUCCAACGCCAAUACCAAUAUUGACCUUCCCGGCGGACCAAGAACCAAACUCUGCACCGCUACCACUUCUCCAGCAACCAUCCCAUUGCCUCCCUUCGUUCGUCCAAGACAAGCCAUCCCGCAGUCAUUCAAGUUCAUUCCGGCCGGCAUCCCUCGGUUUCGACGAGACAUUAUGAAUAAGCAGGACUGUUAA